AUGUCUUCAACGAUAUCUGACAUGGCAUCCACAGCCUCAGCUUCGGCAUCUGCCUCCCAGACUUCGUCCGCCGGAGGUUCUCAUACACCCGCCCCGGCUUCGUACAAGAUCAUCGGAGUCUCACUAGCUAUCGUCUCGGGGCUUCUCAUCGGAGCGUCAUUCGUCGUCAAAAAGAAAGGUCUGAUCCAAGCUACCAAGAAAUCCGGCGGUCUCGCUGGAGAGGGACAUGCCUACCUGAAGAAUUGGAUCUGGUGGACGGGGAUGAUCAUGAUGAUCUUGGGCGAAGUCUGUAAUUUCGCAGCUUUCGCGUUCACCGCGGCUAUUCUUGUGACACCGCUCGGUGCUCUGAGUGUGGUGGUCUGCGCGAUCUUGUCAAAGUUCUUCUUACAAGAGACUCUCACCUUCUUCGGCUGGCUGGGUUGCGCGUUGGUCAUCCUCGGGGCCACCAUCUUGGCCCUGAAUGCACCAGAGACGCAAAGCGCAGAGACGAUUCCCGUUUUCCAAAAGCUUUGGGUGUCAGCUGGUUUCCUUAGUUGGGCCGGCGUAUGCAUCGUCGCUUCUCUCUUUCUAGCUUUCUGGGUCGCACCGCGGUAUGGUAAAACGAACCAGUUCGUUUACAUCGGGAUUUGCAGUCUGAUCGGAGGUUUGAGCGUCAGCACGCUGCAAGGUGUUGGAGCGGCGAUCAUGACGAGUAUUCGAGGCGACAACCAAUUUAAGCACUGGUUCUUAUACGUGGUGACGGUAUUCACCGUAAUCACAUUGCUUAUCGAGAUCAACUACCUGAAUAAAGCACUUGAGCUCUUCAAUACAUCAAUGGUCACCCCAACCUAUUACGUGAUCUUCACAAGCUGCACGUUGAUCUCCUCCUUCAUCCUUUACCGAGGUCUGAAGACCAGUGCUGUACAGCUUGUGACCAUGAUCAUGGGAUUUUUGGUGACUUGCCUCGGUAUCACGCUCCUGCAGAUGUCAAAGGUCGACCCCAAAAAUUUCGAAAAGCUGGAUAGACGUUCGACCAUGCUUAUGGCAGCUUCUAGGAACCAAGCGGAGGAUGUCGAGAAGAACGGCAUUACCGCACUGGAAGAACCGGGCAUGGACGCUCUCCGAGGCGGAUUCGGCACCGUGGGUAGUAUCAUUCGUGCUCGAUCGGCACGGAGGCUGUCCAAUGCGAGUACCCUGCCUGGACAUCCCAUGUCAUCUGGCAAUAGCUACUCUAGGCAUUGGCAACCAGCACAGACGAUAUCGACCGAUGUACCGAGGUAUUCGCUUUCCGAUCGACCGAUGGGUGAUGAUACCUUCGAUCAAGUCUCUUUACGUUCAGGGGUCUCUGAUCACGCCCAAAGGAGAGGGACACUCAAGUUUGACGACAAUGAUGUUGUCCAUCAAUACGAUCGUAAAGGCAAAGUGGAAGCUUUGCACACAUCCCAUGUCCAUCUCCACGCUGGAGAGUCGCCAGGGCAAUUUGGUAGUCCCUCGAGACCUUCGUAUGGCAACAGAGGCUACUCAGGUUCCAGUAUCGGUCCCAUCCUUGAAGUUCCCGGGGAGACUCAACAUCAGACGCCUUUCGACGGGCAGGGGGCGAGCGAUACCAAGAACCCUUACGGACGGGACUUGACCCUAUCAGCAUCUCCGAUCGACGGUACGAAAAACCUUCCCACACUUGAGAACGACGUAGCAGAUGCUCCGUUUGCUUCCCCCCGCACGCCCCAACCGAGCGAUAGCCGCGGAAGCUUUCAUUUCCUGCUUGACCGCUUUACCCAUUCGGAUUCGCCAGACCUGAAACUCCAGUCGAGCAAGUCGCAGAAGAGCGUCAAGCAAUCUGGGCCAGACGAUAUGCGACGUGGAGGCGCACAUCGGGGGACAAAAGACUACCCCCAUCUGCGUAAAGAGGAGGCCGAGGUUGAGCGGGAGGAACGGCAGGGACUGGUCACUGGCUCGGAUGACGAAGAAUUGACCGGCCUCACAGACCGUAGCGACAACGACACUCCCCCUCUACUGGAAGAGAAACAACCUAAAGCGCGCAGAUCUUCGAGACAUACGAAUUCGAUUUCGUCCAUGCCAAGACCGUUGCCCUAUCUACCGACGUCCAAUGUAGCCAGUGAGACUCGGUAUCCUCCUGGCAAGUGAUGUACCAGAGUGUAUAAGCA